AUGACAAAAGAAAACGAUGAGACAUCCGAGCAGGAAAAGACAAAGUCUCGUAGACCUCGUGAUGGCCCAUUUCAACAACAGAAACUACCAGCUUGGCAACCAGUGAUGAUUCCAAAGACAGUGUUACCUACCUUGUUUAUCAUCGGUAUCAUCUUUUGCCCGGCAGGAGGCCUACUUUGGUGGUCUAGUAAUAGAGUAAGUAAAAAGAGAAUGAAUAAAAAUGAAUGCUUAUUGCCUUUUUAUCUCUCUUGCAGUAUCCAAAUCCAGUCAUAUCAUUACUCUAAUGAAUCGACCUUUUUGAACCCAAACUGGGGAAAUCCUAACCAAUUGACCGUUCCACGUUGUACAUUAGACUUUACUGUGCCAACGACUAUGAAGGGUCCUGUUUAUAUGUACUAUCGAUUAACCAACUUUUAUCAAAAUCAUCGUCAAUACAUAAAGAAUUUUGACUCGAGUCAACUGCUGGGCGAGGUCGUCUCUUCGACCACUCUACAUACAGAUUGUGACCCUUUGGCUUACUCUAACGGAAAAGUGAUAUAUCCAUGCGGAUUAAUAGCCAAUUCGAUGUUUAACGACACUGUAUCCAAUUUCACAUCCAUUGACCAUCCUUCGCUCAUCUACUCCUUUUCUUCCAAUAAUAUCGCUUGGCCAUCAGAUAAAAAGAAGUACGGUCCUACAAAAUAUCCCCUGUCAGACAUUGUACCACCUCCCAACUGGGCUAAUCGCUAUCCUAAUGGCCAGUACACGGCAGAAUACCCUCCUCCAAACUUGUCUCAAGAUGAGCAUUUCAUGGUUUGGAUGCAUGUCGCUGCCCUUCCUGAUUUCCGCAAGAUUUGGGGAAGAAAUGACUCGAGUGAUUUGCCUGCUGGUCGUUGGAGAGUAACGAUUGAUAUGAAUUUUGAUACACUUCAGUACAGUGGUACGAAAUGGUUAGUCUUAUCGACAACUACUCCAUUAGGUGGUCGAAACCCAUACUUGGGUAUUGCAUAUAUGGCCAUUGGUGCCAUCUGUAUAUUAUUAGGUAUUGUGUUUAGUCUAAGACAGUUAAUCAAACCAAGGAAACUGGGUGAUGAAUCAUAUUUAUCUUGGAAUCAACCUGGAGGUGGACUUCCAAAGAAUAAGAGAGCAAAUGAACUAGAGCACCUUCAUAAAGAAUAA